AUUCAAACUAAAGCGGAAAUUUCAAUAUGUGAGUUUUUGCAUUAUAGAUCAAUUCUCUUUACUUGGAGUAAAUCGGAAUGUGAUGUUUGUCCAUUUUUAGCACUACAUAAAUCCAUAAUGCCACCUCGUAAACGAACAACUCGAAUAAACAAGCGAGCUAAACCCAAAGCUCCUGAAGGGGAUGAAGGCAAAUCACUGACUGAGCAGGAACGAGAGCGUAAAUUGGAAGUCUUCCUACAGGACUAUGAUGCCAAAGUUGAGACCUCUCUUAAGAUCAUGGAAGAUAAAAUCAAUCAGCUUUGCAAGUCAGUAACUGUCCGACUGAAGGGAGAAAUCAUUCAGCUGCCUCAGAAAGUACGAGAAAUGACAAUGGAUGAUUUUAUUGCCUCUGGGGGAACAGUUCAGUGUGCUCUGGAAUAUCUGGAGAUGAAGAGCCAGGAGGAGGAUACUGGUGGCUUUGGCAGAGUGUGUCCUAUGUCAAGUCAGCUGGUUAGAACCAUGUGAGUACUAACCUUUUGAGUGAGACCAUCAUGGAGGAGCAGGGUGCCAGCCCAACACCGACCCAGAACUGCAGGAGGAAAGCUACAGGCAGAACGACAGUGAAGAAAAGCAAGUAUUUACAGGAAUCUUCUGUUUACAGACCCUCUGCUGUGAUGAACUCUUCACUAAGGUCAAGAUACAGAACACCUUCACAGCGGAGUAUGGCUACCUCAGGAUGGGAGACACCCCUCAUCACACCCAAGUUUGAUCCCAAACUUCCCUACACACCUGCUGGAGUACGAGAUCCACGCCCCGGGGAACGCCUCCUCUCUAUCACUGGCAGCCCUGUUUCCAAUCCUGCUGACCCUGCUGUUAAACUCACAGGAAAGGUGGGUAGCAUCGCACCCACUUCACCUGAAACUGCCAUCAGAUUUACAGGAAAGGGUCUAUCAUUUCACAUCAAUGACAUCGAUGACUUGGAGAAUGCUGACAUUGAUAUUCCAGAAGAUCAUAUAAAGAAAGUGCUCAGUGUGUUCACCAACAUCAUGAAGAAAGCCAAACAGUGAGGAAGACAGUCAAGCCUUAGAGUUCAACAGUGUCUGGAGCAUGAAAUGGGGAUUGAGCUCAUAACUCAAGUUGAGACGACCACAGGCUAUUCUCAAUAUACAUUGUAUAUUUCAGAACAUGCUCAGUUUGCAAAACAUUUUUUAUGACAAGGAAAAUGUCAGCGAAGACAAGUGUAUAUAGACAAUGAAAUGUGAGGUUUAUUGGACAAUGGCAAUACUGGCAGAGGGAUUUCCUGAAGUGUAUGUACAUUACAAGAAUGGAAUCACAUGGCUCUACUGUCAUAUCGGAGCUCCGCUGACCAUUCAAAGCAAUACAGGUUACAAGUGUCACUUAUAAAUACAAACAAAUGCCAGUUAUGUUGUGAUUAUCAUUCACUGAAAGGCCAAAUCAAACCUGUGCUGUCCAAAUUUCAUUAGAGUAACAUUCAACUGUAAGCAAAUUGGGCCUAUUGUUGUUGGUUUCUGAUAACGAUGUCCAUUUGUCCCUGGACCCUGUUGAAUAGAGUCAUCGUAGUGCUGUGACUGUCUAUGCUUGCUUUGUGGAACAGGAACCUGGAAGUCUGCAACUUGGAGCCAAUGUUACAACCAUUUUGUCAGCUGUAGAAUCAGGCAUCAAGAGUAGCAUUCCUCCUUCCACCGUCCAACACAUAUCACCAUCUGCAUAUGUAUGCUUCAUUUUACAAACUUACAAAAUAAAACUAUUAGUUGCAGUGAUUAGUUUGUUGAGGCAUACAGACACAUACUGUAACCUAUUUAUUAGUUACUAAACACAUAAAAAACUGGUUAUAUAAGUCCUCACUUUGGCUCUAAGAGUAAUCCUCAUAAUCAAUCUGUCCAAGUGUUGCAUUUGCAUUUGUCUGAAGUUUGUGACUCAUUUACUUUUGAGGUUUAUUAAUUUAUGUUUGUUUUGAUGAAAUAUAAUUCUCAAUGUGUUCUACAAGAUGAUAUGGAAUAUUUGUCACUUCCUGAAAUGUGUAGUCCUGUUUAAAACAACAAAAUAUAUACUUCCUCACAACACCUCCAGCUAUACACACGUGUAUGUCCAAAUUGCACUGAUCAAUGUUCAUGAUGUGAAUCACUGAAACGUCUGUACCUCAUUUCAAUUAUUUUCAGACUGCUGUUAUAUAGCUGGCAAACUGCAUGCAGUGUCAAACAAACAUGUGUCCCUGAAACUGGUUGACAGAAAAAACAACAUAUUUAAACGUAUUAUUCUAUUCUACUAGAAACUAAGCACUUGUUCCAUUUAUGUCACAAGUUUAUAAACUGCAUGUUUCAUUCAUGAGUUUGAAGAAAACUAUCUAUAAAGAUACCAGUAUUUAAAUUGAAUUCUGUAAAGUGUGCUCUGCAAACUGAUCAAGUUAACACAUCUAGUGUUAUUACAACUUGACCUGUCAGACUUGCAUGCAGCUAACCCUUGGGAGGUCUGUUUACUAAACAACAGUCCUAGUGCUACUGCCUAUGUAUGGAAUUAACAACAAUUAUAGCACUACGUUUGUUUUGUGAAACAGAGCCUUGGUGACCAACAGUUCUCUUGUAAGUGGGGGAAACAAGAUUACUGUACCAUGCUCUGCAGCAUUCCUGUUAAUGAAGCCACUUUUCUGCAAGAAAUUACCCCAAAUGUACAAAGUAUAGAUACAAACUGUAAUAAAGUGUAUAUCUAAA